GCAAACCUUGCAUGGGAAGCGCAGCUGCCCGCAAACCAAAUUGGAGUGCAUCCUGAAAACAGAGACGGGUGUGGCAUUCUAGUGUCGCACGUGCAGCGCUUGAUCGAGGAGCUGUGUGAGCUGGGAUAUGACAGCCAGCUGACUCGCAACAUCUGCGUUGAGAUUCCGCAUGACCGGGUGCCCAGUGAGGACUUCAACAUCAAGCUCGCAGAUGGGAGCGGAGGCGCUUUGGCAAAGGUCGCUCCUGGAACCCUCCGGUUCUUGUCGUUGAGCGGAGGGCAUACAAACCAGGCGAUCAAGGCCAUCGCAGCUGGGUGCCAGCAUCAGUCGGCUCAGCUGACGAUGGAUGGCAGCCUGAGCAUGGCCAAGAUCAAGGAGAAGUGCCCUGAGCUGGCACGGGUGGCAGAGCAAGGACAGAUGUGGGUGGUCCUCAGCUCACAUGCCAUCAGCAGGUUUCCUGCAAUCCCACGGCUGGUGCAGUCAGCGGCCAAUGCAAGCACUCACUUGGCCGCUGCAGAGAGUGAGCUGCAGCUUGCAAGGAAGGUGCUGAGGGCAUACCUGAGCGCAAGCGAGACGAAAGCUAGCGGCGUGACAUGGCUGGACAUCAGCAGUGAGGUGCUGCGGAGCAAGCCACCUCACAUGAAGGUUGCCCCUGCAAUGUUCAAGUUCAUCAUGAACUAUGCAGGUGGCAAGAGUGGUCACAUGUUGAGCGCCACUGAGGCGUUUGUGAACACUUGUGGCGUGAACAAGAGCCUGGGAUUUGAGCUCUGGGAUUGCAUCUCCCAGGAGAGCAAGGGGAAAUCGAAGAUCCCGAGGCUGCUGGCAAGGCACGCGGCGCUGAAGCUCGCGUACCUGCAGGAGGAUGUGUUGGUCACCUGCGCUGACAUAAAGAAGCUCUUGGCAGGAAAGGAGCUGCAGCCUGAGGUGGACAAGAUGGAGAGCAUCAUCCUGCAGAUCCACAAGAUGGGAAAGGCGCAUGAGGAUGCAUGCAGUGGAGCCACGUUGGUGAAGCUUCAGGGCCUUGCUGAGUGCCAGCUCGUGUGGCGGUGCCUCGACAAGAAGCACAGGAGCGUGGAGUGGAAGCACAAGAGCUUGGAGGAGGUGGGUCAUGAGUUUGUGGAGCGCCUCUCGACCGCAUGCGGCAAGACUUUGACGUCGCCAUGGUCUGCUGCAGUGGAUGCAAGUCCUCCAAGUGCUUUGACGUCAUCUUCGGCGGGAACCUGCAUGUUGGAGACCAGUGAAACUGGCGCUAUCCUGAACCUUGCUGCGGCUUUGAAGGCAGCAGGGUUUACGGUUGGCUUGACUCUGUCCCGGAAGGCAGACAAAGCCACUGGGAAGAUCAUGAGCGUGGACGAUGGCGCACGUGUGGUGCACAUGCAGGUCGGUGACAAGCUGAUGAACGUUUCUGGGCAGUCAGUUCUUGACGGCGAGUGGCGGGUCGUUCGGGAGAAGAGCCCAGCAAAGGUGAUUCCAUGGGAGAACCCGCUGCAGGGUCCAGACUUCGAGAAAGCGUGCCUUCGAGGAGCCAUGACCACUGCUUGA